GCGCUUACUUCCUAGUCUUGGGGAAGAAGCAGGUGCGAGCAAGCAGGCAGGUUGGUAUAAAAAGGGAAGCAGGAAGAGGAGCAGAAGGAGAUACCCGAGGAGGAAGAAGAGAUGCAUCUCUAUAACGCAUGGCUUCCUCCGCAAGUAGCCGAGGAGACGAAAAGGGAAUCGGAGUCGUUUGCGGUCGUCGUGAGAUCCGUAAAGGAGGCUUGGCGAUUGGAGGAUCCCGAAUCUGUUUACUCCACUCUGAAGUGGAUCUCUGUCCUGGACCUCUUUAUUAAAGCGAAGAGUGAAGUUUCUUUGGAAGAUAUAAAGGAGCUGGUUGAGUCUGGUGUGGAGAUUUUUAAUGCGUCACAGAACAAACUCUACGCCCAGGUUAGAUGGGGAAGUAUGUUAGUUAAGUUCUUAAAGAAGCACGGCAAGAAGUUAUCACUGAGAAUCCACUGGAGGCCUUUGUAUGAUACUUUGAUGAGGACGCACUUUAAAAGAAAUACAGGUCCAGAGGGAUGGCGAUUGAGACAACGACAUUUUGAGACUGUUACAUCUCUUAUUCGUUCUUGCCGGAAGUUCUUUCCUGCUGGGUCAAAUCAUGACAUAUGGGCGGAGUUUAGGCCUUUUAUGGAAAAUCCUUGGCAUAAUUCAUCUUUUGAAGGUUGUGGUUUUUUAAGGCUUUUUCUAACUACGAACUUAGAGAAUGAAGAUUUCUACACAAGUGACCGGAUCAGAGAGUUCCUGGACCUAUGGAGCUCCAUUCCGAAUUGCCAAUUUUGGGAUAUCCAGUGGGCCUCCAUUCUUGCACGUUGUAUAAAGAAUUGCAAGUCAAUUGAUUGGGAAUGCUUUUUACCUGCACUUUUUACACGGUACCUAAAUAUGUUUGAGGUUCCCGUAUCAACUGGAAACGGAACGUAUCCUUUCCCUCUUGAGGUUCCUAGAAAUACAAAGUUUCUGUUUUCCAGCAAAAGUGGCACACCUGCCAAAGCUAUAGCAAAAUCAAUUGUUUAUCUCUUUAAACCUGGUAGUUUGGCGCAUGAGCACUUUGAGAGAUUAGUGUGUCUUCUGGAGCAAUAUUAUCAUCCCUCAAAUGGAGGUCGUUGGACUCAUUCCUUGGAGCGCUUAUUAAGAUACUUAGUAAUUAGCUUUCAAAAACGCCUUCAGCUUGAACAACUUUACAGUAAGGGUGACAAACAGUCUCACUUGUCUUUGGGAAAGUUGGAAAGAUCUUCUUUUGUUAAAGUGGCCUUGAAAUUAAUUGAUCGUGGUCAAUAUAGCAAAACUGAAACACUUUCAGAAACAGUUGCUGUAGCAACUUCAGUAUUAGCAUAUGUGGAACCUUCCUUGGUUCUUCCUUUCAUUGCAUCUCGAUUCCAGUUGGCCUUGGAGACAAUGACUGCCACCCACCAGUUGAAAACUGCUGUUACCUCAGUGGCUUAUGUUGGCCGUGCUCUCUUUCUUGCCUCUUUGUUGUCCGCUCCCCAAAAGGAGGAUUUAAAUGCUACUGAUUCUUUGGUAGAUGUUGUUGCAAUGUCACUGUCUAAUGCAUUGCUUGGAAUGGAUGCAAAUGAUCCUCCAAAAACCUUAGCCACUAUGCAAUUGAUUGGUUCCAUAUUUUCCAAUUUAAUUGUAGUGGGUGACAAUGAAGAUGCUCCCCUAUUCCUCCAAAGCCUUGCAUUAUCAGAAUGGCUAGAUGAGUUUUUUUGCCGCUUAUUUUCUCUCCUUCAACAUCUAGAACCAACAAGCGUUAUGAAUGAUGGUGUUCAGACUUCCAUUACUUCAGGGACUUUCCUUGUUGAGGACACUCCUUAUUACUUCUGUAUGCUAGAAGUUCUGCUAGGGAAACUUUCGAAAACAUUAUUCAGUCAGGUACUGAAAAAAAUUUCCAGAUUUGUGAACACAAAUAUUCUUCCUGGUGCCACUGCAGAAGUUGGGCUUCUUUGUUGUGCUUGUGUACAUUCUAACCCAGAAGAAUCGGCUGUAAACCUUAUCAAACCACUUCUACAGUCCGUAAAUUCUUCUUUACAAGGGACACCUACUUAUGGUUUUGGCAGAAAGGAUUCUUCUUUUGCAACCAAGGCUACACUUUCUCCAGCUCUUGAAACAGCAGUUGAGUACCAUUUAAAAGUGCUAGCUAUUGCCAUCAGUUAUGCAGGCCCUCAGCUGCUUCAUCACAAAGAUGAACUGAAAGAAGCAAUUGCUUCUGCAUUCCGGGCUCCUUCAUGGAAGGUUAAUGGCGCUGGUGAUCAUGUUCUGCGAUCUCUCCUUGGAAGCUUAGUUCUCUAUUAUCCAAUUGAGCAGUAUAAAUCAGUGCCAUUCCAGCUUGGAGCUUCCAUUUUAGAAGAAUGGGGCUGCUCAAAAAAUGAAAAUGAAUGCUCUCUCCCAAAGUGGCACAUCCCUGGAGAAGAAGAAAUUUCAUUUGCAAAUGAACUGUUGGAUUAUCAUUUCCAAGCAGCUUUAGAUGAUCUUCUUGAAAUAUGCCAGACAAAAACUCAUGUAGAUGCAGGGCAUGAGAAGGAACACUUGAAAGUGACACUGUUGCGUAUAUACUCAUCAUUGCAGGGUGUUAUGUCAUGCUUACCUGAUAUGCGUCCAUCUCUCAGAAGCACAAGUACAUCCGAUCAGGAUUCCAACUUCUUUUUAAUUGCUGGGGCGGUUGGUUUGCCUGUUGGUAGUUCAGAAUUGAGGGAAAGAGCUGCUAGGUUUGAGCUACUGAAUUAAGCAUUCCCUUUUUGUAGAUACUUACUGAAGGAGAGAUCAGACGAUAGCAUUCUCUUGAUACUUAUUAUUCGCAUAAUUCAUGCAUUAACUAAUUAUGGAAGCUUGGAGUAUGAAGAUUGGUUAAAUCAUGUUCAGGCUUGGAAACUGGAAUCUGCUUCAAUAAUUGAACCUCCAUGUAAUUUCAUUACUUCUUCUCAUGCCAGUGGAAAGAGAAGACCCAGGUGGGCGCUUAUUGACAAGGCAUACAUGCAUAAUACAUGGAGGUCAUCACAGUCCUCAUAUCAUAAAUUUCGAGCUGAUACCAGAUUGUCUCCAUCAGAACACAUGGUUCCUCUGAUGGAUGAUCUCGUGGAACUCUCUUUGCACAACUAUGAAACAGUUCGCUUGCAUGCUACGAGAUCUUUAGCAAAAAUGCUGAAGCGCUGGCCAACAUUUAUUGCCAAAUCUGUUCUUAUAAUGACUCAGCAUCUGUCGAAUCCAAAAACUCCAGAACAUGCAGUGUUAGGUUCAUGUGCAGUUCUUUCAAUGAAAACUGUUCUCGGGCAUAUGACAACGGAUGCAACAUCAUUGUCUUCAUUUGUCACAAGUCUUUUGGCGAGUUCCCAUCAUGAGUCUCUGAAAGCUCAGAAAGCUAUCACCGAGUUGUUUGUUAAAUACAAUAUCCACUUCUCUGGUAUAUCAAGGAGCUUCUUCAAGAACCCAGAAAAUCUUGGGGAUGCUGCAGGAUUCGAAGAUUUGGUUUCUAAGAUCACUUAUUUUAGCUUUGACUCAACGAGCAUGCACUGGCGGUAUAAUCUGAUGGCAAAUAGAGUACUACUUCUGUUGAUUCUGUCAUACCGAAAUUGUUCUACUGUGUCUGAAAAACUUCUCAGUCAAACUACAGGACAUUUUUUACAAAAUUUAAGAAGUCAACUUCCUCAGUCAAGGAUGCUUGCAAUUUCUGCAUUAAACUCUUUAUUGCUGGGCGCUCCUCACAAAGCCAGUAGUAAAGAAAUUCGGCAUCUCAACAAUCUAAGCCAAAAUAUAAACGCAUCAAUUGGAAUAUUGGGCCAAAUAUUUGAGGAGAAUUUUUUCAACGAGACACUUAACUGUCUUUCCCAUGUCCAUAUUAUUUCUGACAGUGACAGUUCUGCUUCCAAAGGAAGUCAUGGCGCAUUGUCUUUUCAGAGUGCGACAGACAAAGCUAUCACUUAUUUUUACUUCGACUUUUCAGCAUCUUGGCCACGUACUCCCAACUGGAUGUCAUCAUUUGGAGGUCAUACAUUCUAUUCUAGCUUUGCAAAAAUUUUUAAACGAUUGGCUCAAGAAUGUGGUACACCAGUUCUGCAUGCAAUUCGGAGGGCUCUAGAAGAGUUUUCUGGUUCAAAAGAGAGGGUAAAGCAGUGUGUUGCUGCUGAAGUUUUGGCUGGUAUAAUUCAUUCUGAUAUUGAAGGCCUUUCAGAAGCAUGGGACAGUUGGAUGAAAUUUCAGCUGGAGAAGCUUAUCACAGCACCAGCCGUGGAAUCCAUACCCGAGUGGGCAGCCUCCAUUCGUUAUGCUGUCACGGGGAAAGGGAAGUAUGGUAUAAGGAUCCCUCUUCUUAGGCAACGAAUUUUGGACUGUUUAACAAUAGAUUUACCACAGACAGUGACAAGCAACGUUGUGGCCAAGAGAUAUUUUUUCCUUUCAGUUGCACUAGUUGAAAUAUCUCCACAGAGAAUGCCCGCUGAAGAAGUUGAGUUCCUUGAAAAACUUCAGAAGGAGUUACUAGAUAACAUGAGCCACUCAUCUGCCCAAGUGAGGGAAGCAAUUGGUGUUACUCUUUCUAUCCUAUGCUCGAACUUAAGACUUUUUACAACUUUCGUUAGCAAGGGUGCGAAAAGAAGUGAGGACAGCAUCACGAUGAAAUCUUUGCUAACUGAAGAUUGGGCCAAAGUUUUAAUAGAAAGGGCCUCCGAAUCAGCAAUUAAUAUACAGAAUUCGAGCCAGUUAGAAAGCAUGGAGACUUAUGACUUGUAUGAAAAUGGCUUCACAAACAAUGAAGCUAAGACUGACAUUAGGAGAAUGGAAAUGCUGUUUCAUUUCAUCAUAUCAUCUUUGAAGUCCGGUAGAUCUUCAUUUUUGCUGGACUUAAUUGUUGGACUUCUGUAUCCUGUUAUUUCCUUGCAGGAAACAUCUGAUAAAGAUUUGUCAACAUUGGCAAAGGCAGCUUUUGAAUUGUUGAAGUGGAAGAUUUUACCUCGUCCAUUUCUUGAAAAUGCUGUAUCUGUGAUCCUUUCUUCUGUCAAUGACUCCAAUUGGCGGACUAGAUCAGCAUCCCUCUCAUAUCUCCGUACCUUCAUGUACAGGCAUACAUUCUUACUUUCUGGUUCAGAGAAAGUUCAAAUCUGGGACAGCAUUGAGAGGCUCCUUGUUGAUAACCAAGUAGAGGUGAGGGAACAUGCCGCAGGGGUUCUGGCAAGCUUAAUGAAAGCGGGAGAUGAAGAGCUUUCAGGAAUUUUUCGGGAUCGUGCAUUUUCAGAGGCACAUUCGAUUAUAAGAAAGCGGAAACAAAGAAAAUCGGGAUCUUUUCAGUCCACAGCUUCUAUACAUGGUGCCGUCCUUGCAUUGGCUGCAUCUGUGCUAUCGAGUCCCUAUGACAUGCCCAGCUGGCUGCCUGAUCACGUAACACUGCUUGCCCAAUUCAUCAAAGAACCCUCUCCCAUUAAAUCUACAGUCACAAAAGCAGUUGCCGAGUUUAGGCGAACUCAUGCAGACACCUGGAACAUUCAAAAGGAUUCAUUUAGCGAAGAACAACUGGAGGUUUUGGCGGAUACAUCAUCUUCGUCUUCCUAUUUUGCGUGAAUGAGACCAAAUCCGUACCAUAAUUAUUCAAUUAUUCAUAAACAUUAGUUACCAAAUGAAAUAUAAGGCAAGCAUUCAUGCUAUCCAACUGCAUUAGUUACAUU